CCGCCGGCUCUCUGAGGCUGCCUGUUGCUGUCCUCCUGGGCCAUGGGGCGCAUCUCUCUCCUGCUCCUGGUUUCGCUCCUGCCCCUCCUGGCGUCCGGGGCCUCCUUCCCGCGAUCGCUGGCCCUGGGGCACCUAAGCGCCCUGCACAUGCCAGCCAGACACAUAUCCCGUCUUACAGUGACCAGGGACUACACCACUCACUACUUCAGACAGAAGGUUGAUCAUUUUGGAUUUGAUAUUAAUAAAAAAUUUAAACAGCGGUACCUAAUAGCUGAUAAACACUGGAAGAAACAGGGUGGAGCAAUACUUUUCUACACUGGUAAUGAAGGGGACAUUAUCUGGUUUUGCAAUAAUACGGGGUUCAUGUGGGAUGUGGCGGAGGAAAUGAAUGCCAUGUUGGUGUUUGCUGAACAUCGAUACUAUGGAGAGUCCCUUCCCUUCGGUUCCAGAUCAUUCCAAGAUUCCAGACACUUGAAUUUUCUGACAUCAGAACAAGCCCUGGCUGAUUUUGCAGAGAUAGUCAACUACUUGAAACACACAAUUCCAGGAGUUAAGAACCAGCCUGUCAUUGCAAUCGGGGGCUCUUAUGGUGGCAUGCUAGCAGCAUGGUUCAGGAUGAAGUACCCUCAUAUGAUAGUUGGAGCUCUUGCAGCUUCUGCUCCUAUCAUGCAGUUUGAAAAUUUGGUACCUUGUGCCAUGUUUAUGGAGAUUGUUACCAGAGAUUUUAAGAGAAGUAGCCCACAUUGUCCGGAAAACAUCCGCAGAUCGUGGGGUGUCAUUGAUAAACUUGGAGCUUCAAGAAGUAGUUUGUAUUGGCUUUCUGAGGCCCUUCACUUAUGCAGCCCAUUAACAGAUUUUCACGACAUCCAGAUGUUGAAAGACUGGAUCUCGGAAACCUGGGUGAACCUGGCCAUGGUGAACUACCCGUAUGAGUGUAACUUCUUACAGCCUUUGCCUGCGUGGCCUGUUAAGGCAGUAUGCAAACAUUUAAAAGAUCCCAAAGUAUCUGAUCAAGUGCUGAUGCUUGAUCUUUUCAAAGCUCUGAAUGUAUAUUACAAUCAUUCAGGCCAGGCGAAAUGCCUGAACAUCUCAGAGACUACCACUAGCAAUCUGGGGUCCUUGGGUUGGAGCUAUCAGGCCUGUACAGAAAUAAUCAUGCCCCUCUGUACCACUGGUGUCAGUGACAUGUUCGAACCCCACGCAUGGAAGCCGAAGGAGUUAGCUGAAGACUGUUUUAAACAGUGGGGUGUGACACCCAGGCCUUCUUGGAUCAGUACGAUGUAUGGAGGCAGAAACAUUAAGUCCCACAAGAACAUCGUUUUCAGCAAUGGUGAACUAGACCCAUGGUCAGCAGGUGGAGUAACCCAGAACAUCACAGACGAUUUGGUUGCGAUCAACAUCCAAUAUGGUGCCCACCAUCUGGAUCUCCGAUCCAGCAAUCCCUUAGAUCCCCAAACUGUGCGGUUAGCCCGCUCCUUGGAAAUUCGUUACAUGCAGAAGUGGAUCAAAGACUUUUAUGCCAACUUUGAAAAGCAGUACUGAACAACUUUUGGUCACUGUCAGUUGCUUCUUGUAUGUUUACUCCACCCACAUUCCUGUUUACUUUGGUUUUUCUACAUAAUCUCUCCCUUCUUCUGGGAGAAAGAUUAGAUUUGACGGGGGUGGAGUGGGGGUGGGGAGAGAGGUUGCCAUCGAGGAGAGGGAAGAGGUCUGAUUUCCUAGCUCCUUGCCAUCUUUGAGCUGCCUCCAGGAAGAAUCUCUCAUCUGCUCAUCAGCGUUGGUGACCUUCAUAACUGGAGCCAAGUUCCAAUUCGCUUCUACAACAGGGAGACUCAUUGCCUUUGUUUCUCUGCAAGGAGCGAUUUCCCCCUUGGAUUUGAAGAAGACGUCUCGUGGGGCCUAUUUGUCACUCCCCACUCCAAUCCCCCAUAGAGGAAAAUCAAAAGAUAGAUUAAAGUGAGGUAAUUGCAGCUGGUAGGAUGUCUGAUGCCAAUCCAGGAAAUGGAAGCCAUUUCUUUUGUACUUGAUCUAUUGACUUUGAACUGUGCUAUAAAUAAAGAAUAAGGCUGGACCUUA